AUGGGGUUGACCCGAGAUAAGCGGACUAACCAGAAUACAGAGCUCAGUGAAUGUCAUGGUUCUAACUCUGAACUGGUAACUCAUGAUAUUUCCAAAAGAGAGCAAAGGAGAAGAAUUACACCAAUGACAACUAAACAUGGAGAAAACUGGUUAUUUAACCAAGAAGUUCCUUUGGAAGUUCCUUCGGAAGUUCCUUUGGAAGUUCCUUUGAAAGGAAGUUACUGUGGCCCAUGUUCUGAAAACUGGAUAUGUUAUAGAAAUAACUGCUACAAAUUUUUUAAUGAGAGCAAAAACUGGCGUGACAGUCAAACUUCUUGUAAGACUCAAAAUUCCACCCUCCUGAAGAUAUACAGCAAAGAGGAUCAGGACUUUUUGAACUUGGUGAAGUCAUAUCAUUGGAUGGGACUAACACAAAUUCCAUCAAACGGAUCCUGGCAGUGGGAAGAUGGUUCCAUUCUCUCCUCCAACCAACUAUCCAUAAUUGAAAUGCAGAAUGGAAGCUGUGCAGUUUAUGGCUCAAAUUUUAAAGGUUAUACAGAUGAUUGUUCACAUCAAAAUACCUACAUUUGUAUGCAGAGGGUGGUGUAA